AUGACGGAUUUUCAUUGCAGCCUGAUAACAAAGUUCUACCAACACAUCCUUGCCUUGGUGUUUGCCAUCCAUGAGAUCAACAAAAACCCCAGCAUCUUGCCCAAUGUCACUCUUGGGUUCCACAUCUAUGACUCCACCAUGGAUCCGAAAUGGACUUACAGGACCACCCUGGACCUCCUCUUCACAUCACUUGAACUUGUCCCAAACUACAAAUGCGGCACCCAGAAAGAAGUGAUGGGUGUCAUUGGGGGAUAUAGUUCCGAUACCUCAUUAGACAUGGCCAUUCUCUUGAGUCGUUACAAGAUCCCACAGUUUUCGUGCCGCUCUCUUCAAUCAGAAGUGGAUAAUCCGACCACUUUCCCUUCCUUUUACCGUAUGUUCCCUAAGGAAGCCCUUCAGUAUGAGGGAAUUCUCCAGUUACUUCUGCAUUUCGGCUGGAAAUGGGUUGGGCUCAUCACUCUGGAUGAUGAAGGUGGAGACCAUUUCUUGCAGGCAUAUGAGCUGAUGCUUUCCAGCAAUGGAAUCUGUGCAGCCUUCAUAGAAAAGGCUACAACAGAGGUCCAGUGGGAUGACAUAGAUUUUAUGACCAAAUACUAUGGCAAUAGUAAAGCAGAUUUCCUGGACAGCAAAGCCAAUGCAAUUGUUUUACAUGGAGAAAGUGGAGUAAUUAUGUGGCUGGCAGCAGUUAUAUCUUUACCCACAAACUUAAAUACCCCAACAGGUUCUGACUAUGGGAUGAGAACCUCUGCAGGAAAAAGAAUCGCUUUCAACAAUAGUGCUGGAGAUGAAGUGACCUUUAAUGAACAUGGAGAACUGAACGGUGGAUUUGAUAUUACCAACUUGGUCACUUUUCCAAAUAGGUCCUAUGUCAGAGUCAGGAUCGGGAGGCUGGAUCCUCAAGUACCACUUAGUCAAAGACUUAUCAUCAAUGAGGACAGAAUUAAGUGGAACAGACAUCUUGCACAGCUGCCACCUUUAUCUGUGUGUAAUGAUGACUGCAAGCCUGGUUACAGCAAGAAAAAGAAGGAAGGGGAACAAUUCUGCUGCUACGAUUGUGAUCCAUGUCCAAAGGGGAAAAUGUCAGACAAAGAGGACAUGGAUUCUUGCAUGACUUGCUCUGAAGGUCAUUAUCCAAACCUGGGACAAGAUCAAUGCAUUCCCAAGAUUCCAAAUUUCCUGUCCUUUUCCAAACCCUUGAGCAUGAUUUUAGCGUUUUUGGCUCUCUUCUUCUCUCUGAUCACAGCCCUGGUGCUCUCCAUCUUUGUCAAGUACAAGGACACCCCCGUUGUUAAAGCCAAUAACAGGAGCCUCACCUACUGUCUACUCAUCUCUCUCCUUCUCUGCUUUCUCUGCUCCUUGCUCUUCCUCGGAAGGCCUAACAAGGUGACCUGCCUCCUCCGACAAACGACUUUUGGCAUCAUCUUCUCAGUUGCUGUUUCUUCUGUCUUGGCAAAAACUGUUACGGUCAUUCUGGCAUUUAUGGCCUCUAAGCCAGGAAACGUUUUUCGAAAGUGGGUGGGGAAACAAUUGGCAUGUUAUAUUGUUAUCUUUUGCUUCUUGGUUCAAGUUGUCAUUUGUGCUGUUUGGUUGGCAUCUUCUCCUCCCUUCCCAGAUGUGGACAUGCAUUCACUCAGUAGAGAAAUCAUAGUGCAAUGCAAUGAAGGGUCAGUCACCAUGUUUUACUGUGUCUUGGGCUACUUGGGCUUAUUGGCCUCAGUCAGUUUCAUGGUGGCUUUCCUCGCCAGAAAGUUGCCCGACAGUUUCAACGAAGCCAAGUUCAUCACCUUCAGCAUGUUGGUCUUCUGCAGUGUUUGGCUGUCCUUCGUCCCCACCUACCUGAGCACUCAAGGAAAAGACAUGGUGGCUGUGGAGAUCUUCUCCAUCUUCGCUUCCAGUGCUGGCUUGCUAGGCUGCAUCUUUUUCCCCAAAUGCUAUGUCAUUAUCCUGAGGCCUGAGUUGAACAGAAGAGAGCAGCUGAUCAGGAAAAAGCAUUAA